UCCGGCCCAACAAGUCCCGCUCAGGAUGUCUGCUCGGGCGCCUGAUCUGCUGGCAUCCCGCAUCCAGUUUUGACUCUGAGUGUAUGAUGUCAAAUCCAGAGGGAAUGUUCCCUGGAGUUGAUGGCCUCGACUCCAGGCAGCUCCAGAUGGAACCAGAUGAAUUGGACACGUUGAAAGAAGGGGAAGAUCCAGCUGACCGGAUGCAUCACUUUUUGACCAUCUAUAACCUUCAGCCCCUGAGAAAUCAUCCCACAGUUUUUGCCCCUGGAGUCCCUGUUAUUGCACAAGUCGUAGGCACUGAGAGAUACACCAGUGGAUCCAAGGUGGGCACGAGCACACUUUACUCUGUCCAACUCUCUCAUGGUGAUUUCACGUGGACAACAAAGAAGAAAUUCCGAAAUUUCCAAGAACUUCAUAGAGACCUGCUGAGACACAAAGUUUUGAUGAGUCUCCUUCCUCUGGCCCGGUUUGCAGUUGCCUAUUCCCCUUCCCAAGAAGUGGCUGCUACGGUGGAAAUUCCCUCUUUGCCCAGAGUAGGUUCUGAGGGCUCCUCCAGACACAGAGCCAGCAAACAGAAAUACCUAGAGAAUUAUCUCAACCACCUCCUGGCCAUUUCAUUCUACCGCAACUACCAUGCCAUGACAGAGUUUCUAGAGGUCAGUCCCUUCUCCUUCAUACCUGACCUUGGUCCCAAAGGAUUGGAAGGUUUGAUUCGAAAACGCUCAGGAGGUCACCGAGUUCCUGGUUUUACCUGCUGUGGCCGAGGUCAAGUUUGUUACCGAUGGUCCAAGAGGUGGCUGGUGGUAAAAGACUCCUUCUUGUUGUACAUGCGCCCAGAGACAGGCUCUAUCUCCUUUGUCCAGCUUUUUGACCCUGAAUUUGAGGUCCAGGUUGGGAAACAAAGCACAGAAGCACGUUAUGGGGUCCGAAUCGACACUUCUCACAGGUCCCUGAUCCUCAAGUGUAACAGUUACCGGCAGGCUCGAUGGUGGGGUCAGGAAAUCACAGAACUAGCUCAGGGUCAGGGUCGUGACUUUUUACAACUACACAGACACCAGAGCUAUGCUCCACUCAGGCCAGGAACGAUGGCCAGAUGGUUUGUAAAUGGAGCUGGUUACUUUGCAGCUGUGGCUGAUGCCAUUCUUCAGGCCAGGGAGGAAAUCUUCAUUGCAGAUUGGUGGUUGAGUCCUGAAAUUUAUCUGAAGCGUCCAGCCCAUUCUGAUGACUGGAGACUGGAUGUUAUGCUCAAAAAGAAGGCAGAGGAGGGUGUUCGGAUUUCUGUGUUACUGUUUAAGGAAGUGGAAUUGGCCUUGGGCAUCAACAGUGGCUAUAGCAAGAAGGCUUUGAUGCAGCUGCACCCUAAUGUCAAGGUGAUGCGUCACCCAGACAAUGUGACACUAUGGGCCCACCACGAGAAGCUGCUGGUUGUGGACCAAGUCGUGGCUUUCAUGGGAGGGCUUGACCUUGCCUAUGGUCGAUGGGAUGAUCUGCACUAUCGGAUCACUGACCUAGAGGGCUAUAAUGGAACUACCACCCCACAGCUGCCCAGCCCAUGCUCAAGACUUCCUGUUGCCCCUGACCUCUCCCACAACCAACUGUUCUGGCUGGGCAAGGAUUACAGCAAUUUCAUCACCAAGGAUUGGGUACAACUGGACCGGCCCUUUGAGGAUUUUAUUGACAGAGAGUCAAUGCCCCGGAUGCCAUGGAGAGACGUGGGGGUUGUUGUCCACGGGUCAGCAGCACGAGACCUUGCUCGACAUUUCAUCCAGCGUUGGAAUUUUACCAAGACCACAAAGGCCAAGUACAAAAUCCCUCCAUACCCAUAUCUGCUACCCAAGUCAACCAGCACAGCCAACCAGUUACCAUUUGCUCUCCCUGGAGGGCAAUGUGUUACUGUACAGGUCCUUCGAUCAAUAGAUCGUUGGUCAGCUGGGACCUCUGAGAGCUCCAUCCUCAAUGCAUACCUACAUACUAUUCGGGAGAGCCGUCAUUUUAUCUACAUUGAGAAUCAGUUCUUCAUCAGCUGCUCAGAUGGACGGACAGUUCUGAACACAGUGGGAGAUGCUAUUGUGGAAAGGAUUCUCAGAGCCCACAAGCAACAGCAGCGGUUUCGGGUAUAUGUGCUACUCCCCCUGCUCCCUGGGUUUGAAGGCGAUAUCUCCACAGGUGGUGGAAAUUCUAUCCAAGCUAUUCUGCACUUCACUUACAGGACUCUUUGCCGUGGUGAAUAUUCAAUCCUGCAUCGCCUCAAAGCUGCCAUGGGUACAUUAUGGCGAAACUAUGUGUCAGUGUGUGGGCUCCGAACCCAUGGAGAGCUGGGUGAAAAGCUGAUGUCUGAGCUCAUCUACAUCCAUAGCAAGUUGCUCAUUGCCGAUGACAGGACAGUCAUCAUAGGCUCAGCAAACAUCAAUGACCGCAGCCUCCUAGGGAAGCGGGACAGUGAGCUAGCAGUACUUAUUGAAGACACUGAGAUGGAGCCAUCCCUUAUGGAUGGAGAAGAGUACCAGGCUGGGAGGUUUGCCCUCAGUCUCCGGAAACACUGCUUCAGCACCGUCCUGGGGGCAGAGUCUCAGCCUGAACUGGAUCUCCGGGAUCCUGUCUGUGACACCUUCUUCCAGCUGUGGCAGAAGACAGCUGAGAGAAAUGCCAACAUCUAUGAGCAGAUAUUUCGUUGCCUGCCAUCCAAUGCAACUCGAUCACUUCGAGUGCUUCGGGAAUAUGGGAUCGUAGAGCCUCUGGCCACUGUUAGUCCUGAGAUAGCCUGUUCAGAACUCACUCAAAUCCAAGGGCACCUUGUUCAUUUUCCACUCAAAUUCCUAGAAGAAGAAUCACUGUUACCUCCGCUGGGUAGCAAGGAGGGAGUCAUACCCCUGGAAGUAUGGACAUAGCCCAGAAACGCACCCCCCCUUUUUUUGAGAGUUGGGGCUAGUGAGAGAACUAUGGAAAACCAAAUUCUGUACCUGGCAUCUUUUCUCUCUCUUCACACUCAAAAUGAGGACAAACAAAUCUCUCACAAAUACAGAGGAUGCACAGAAAGGCUUCACUCUGCAGGAGAGGGGGAAGGUAUGUCUUAAAGGAGAAACAAUAUGAUAGAACACAGAAUUGAAAGGCAGGAGACCUGGGUUCCAGUCCUAGCUUUGAAACCAACUAACUAGCUGUGACCUUGGACAAGUCAUUUGCUCCAAGGCCUUAGUUACUUCAUUUCUCAGUGGAAUGAAGGGGUUCAAUCAGGUGACCUAAAUCUGACAUUCUAGGAACCUCAACUCAUUCCUGGAGCAACUGAGGAGUGGGUUGAGGGGUGGAGUGGAAAUGAUGCAGAGAGAUACCUCUCUCCUACCUAUCAUCUACUUCUCUCAAUUUCCUGAAUUAAGUUCAAAUUCCAGAAAAGAAAGAUCCAGUCUUCCAAUCUUCUCUUCUUCCUCCAGCCCUGAUCAGCUGCUGCCAGCUUCAGAAUUCUGAGUCCCUAUCAAUACCCCAGUUCAUCCCACCACUAAAGGCGCACAAUCACUUACCCUAGCCUGCUUACAGACACUGAGUACUUAGAUACUUUAUGUCAAGUACAUAUUCAUUUUAUAAAUAAAGGGUUUUUUUAAAGUUUUAAAAAA